UGCCUCGAGUUGCAUUUGUGAAAUUUACAAACCACUUCGCAGAAGUCAACAGCUGAUUGUCGCUCUCUAAAUUUUCUCCUAUUGUUAAAUUAUUAACGUUUCUCGUGUGUGUACAAGUAAAUAUUAAUGUAUAAUAAUAUACAGUCAUUGAUAAGAAUUGUAUUAUAGUGUUCAGUUAAUCAACUAGAAAAGAUUUUAAGUCCUAUAAGCUGGUCUUGAUUCCGUUAAAAGUACUCGAAUAAAUUUCUUGAAUAUUCAAAUUUAUCCUACAUUCUGCAAGAUGUUUGACUCCCUCUACAAUUAUUGGUCGAAUGUGCCGGGUUAUCAUGUAUUGGGCUUUGGAUUAAUCGCCUACUUUGCUUAUUAUCUCAUACUGGUGGUUAAGCGGCCCACUUUUGUUUGUGCCGAAGGUCCACUAAAAAGCUUUCUUUUGCGGGAAAUACCAACAUUAAGUGUGAAGUUCUGGCCAACAUUUUGGUGUUUGGACAGUCGCGCCCAAACCGUUUUUGCCAGUGUACUACGAUCCAAAGUUAUACCGACAAUUUGUUAUAAAAGAGAAAUUUUCACUCUGAAAGAUGGGGGCGAAGUAGCUUUGGAUUGGAUGGAUACGAAUUGCAACUCAAAUUCACCCUGUAUUAUUAUUUUACCCGGUUUGACGGGCAAUUCACAAGACGAGUAUGUUAAGUGUCUUGUGUAUGCUGCCAACAAUUCGGGUAUACGUGUUGUAGUCUUCAAUAACCGUGGCAUUGGAGGUGUGACUAUCAAAACGCCACGUCUCUAUAAUGCCUGUAAUUGUGAGGAUUUGGCUGAAGUCGUGCAACAUGUGCGAGAUGUGUUGCCUGCACACUGUAAAAUAGGCGCUACUGGCAUUUCAAUGGGUGGCCUAGUGUUGGGCAACUAUUUGGCACGCAGAAGCGAAGAGGCGCGUUCAUAUUUGUCGGCUGCUAAAAUAAUCUCAGUACCUUGGAAUGUGCAUAAAGCUAUUGACAGUAUAGAGCAACCAAUUUUAAAUAAUUUGCUCGGACGUGUGCUUGCAAAAAAUAUGUACCGCACAUUACAGAGAAGUGGCCUACACGAACAUCAGGAGCUCGACAUGCGAAGCAUUAAACUGAGCAAAACAAUCAGGGAAUUUGAUGCCAAUUUUACCAUUAAACAUUUUGGCUAUCCCAGCGUAGAAGAUUACUAUAACGAUGCUACAUUACAAGACAAAUUACAUCACAUCUCUGUGCCACUACUUUGUUUGAGUGCUGCUGAUGAUCCAUUUCAGCCGCUGGAUGCCAUACCUAUUGAGGCGGCAAAAGAAUGCAGUCAUGUGGCUAUUAUCGUAACUGCACGUGGUGGUCACAUUGGAUUUCUCGAGGGUUAUUGGCCGUCGACAAAAGAUCAAUACAUGAGUCGUAUUUUCAUCGAAUACUUCACAAAAGCCUUAUUCGAUGAAGAAGGCGAAUUUCAACGUAUUAAAGAAGAUCUACACACAACGUAUCUUGAAAAACAAAAUGACUUGAAAGUGUAAUAUUUUAUUCGAAUGCUAUUCAUGACGAAUUAUCUAUUAAUUAAAUUAAUAAAUUGUUACUAAAUUAUAUAAACAAAUAAAAUGCAAAAAUUUAUAAAAUCUGAAAAA